GCAAACCUGCCCAUCUUCAGUAUGAUAUUAUAUUUAUGUAUUAUCUUCGAUUUUAUUCUCAACCAUACAUUAUACAUUACAUACACGCACAAACACAGUUCAAUGUAUACUUGGAUUGGGAUGUUUUUUGUUUUACAAUGUUGAGCAAUCAAUAAACAAUUAGGGCAUUUAGGAGGAUUGAUGGAUUUUUUAUUACUCAGAAAUUAACUUAUGGAGACCCUUUUUCUUACCUCCCCUGAUAUUUGAGAAAAAUAUAGUUAGCGUAAUUACACUCAACCUCCCUUUUGGUACAGUUGAGCAUGCUAUUUUUGUACAUCUGUUUAAUUUGGAUUACCUAUCAUUCAUUAGUUAUUUUCAUUUUGGUAAUGGUUUUGUAACUCUCUUCCAGGUAAAUCAACCCUUUAGCCUUACUAGACUUCUGUCACUCCAAGUUUUCAAAAUUUGUAAAGUCUUACGUCUCAUGAACAAUUAAAGUGGAAGCUGAAAGUUUUAUUUAAUAAGUGAUUAUUAAAUUUAUAAAAUUGAUGCAUUCUCCUUCGGGCAACAGAAACACCAUUAUUAACUUUCAUGUUUUCAACCUCUGUGCGAAUGAGAUGCAAAAUAUGCGGCAGCAGCUAGAGUACUUGCAGGCUGAACUUAAUAAGGAGCUUUCUCGAGAACUACAUGAAUACCACAGCAGACGUGCUGUUGUAGAGCCGAGAGAAACAGAUGCUGAAGAUGGCUCCUGUUUUGUUAAAAGGGAUGGGCUAAAGAGGGGCUUACAGAGCAUGGAUGCAUCUGGUUAUCCCAUGGGUGAAGCCAUGACAGGUGAAAAUUACAUGGAAAUUGAUGAAGCUGUAGCAAAAGAGUGGGAGCAUGCACUCCUGCGAACAACGAUGGGCAAAGAGUUUAAUGAGUUAAACAAGCGUUUGGAGCAGAAAGAGGAGCUCAGCACUUGUCAGGGGGAAAGUAUGAAGAGUGCUUCUAGUGGUUUGUUUCACAUGAUACGUGCAUGGUGCUGUCCACUCACAUUCAUAUCCAUUAGGAUCUCAGCACUGUGUCAGGGAGAAAAUAUGAAAGAGUGCUUCUAAUGGUUUGUUGAAAGACAGAACUGAUUAUGAUUAUGAUUAUGAGUAUGCAGGUUCUCAUGGUCGCGAUACUCUUGGGAUUUUCCGAGUUCACCAGUUUGAGAAAGUGGAGCAGUUCUGCCUUACUAAUCAGACUAUGUUACUAAUCAGACUAUGUUAUUAGUGGGACUAUGUUAUUACUAAUCAGACUAUGUUAUUAGUGGAGCAGAGGGGGGGGGGGAGCAGCUUCUCUAUAGGUCCCGCAUACUCUGCUUUUGAAUUGGUUGUGCUUCGUCUGGCACCUUCUAUGAAAUUUUUCUUUGUCCACAAAGGAAAGGAAAAUAAAAUAAAAUUCAUGUUAGGAAAAGCUACGUUUGGCAUCACUUGUCAUUAUCUGAGGCAUAUAUUAUCUUGUAGAUGGCCUUUGGUUGUUUUUCUAGCUUAUUAGUUCCUAUUUUCAUUACUGCUGCUUGAAAUUUCCUUAAAUAAGAUAAUUUCAUCAAGCAAGAAUGAACUUGAACACAUUGUUGCCAACAUGUCUCAUAUCUGUUGACCCUUCUUGAAUGACAUUCCACGAACAACUUGAUAAACUACCUACUUUGAGCGCAUACUUGGAUGGCGUUGCUUUUUUAUCAUUACACUAAAACUGUGGAAGGGUACCUUAUAGUUUCUAACUAUUUUUGUUGUAAUGAUUAUGAUUGCAUUUGCUCCUUAUCUUGUGAAUUUGUCUAUGCGAAAUGUUCUUUUUUGAGU